UCCAGGUUAGUUGCUGUUACUGGCAAAUUCAAGCAGCAGUAAAUACAGGUGGUGCCCCCCGGCAGGUGGGAGCGGGGCCGCCUGCAGCAGAGGAUGCAGGCAGGUACCAGGUGCUGCCAGAGGCUGGAGCUGUGGCCUCAUGCAUGGCUUGGACUUCCCAGAUAAAGUUUCUCAGCUUGGUCCCAGGUGUGAGUAGCCUUUUGGAGCAGGAUGUACGUGUGUAGUGGUGGGAGCAUGCAGCUCUGCACUUCCCACUGAGGCUGAUGCCUUGCCAGAGCUUAGAACAAGCAGGUACACACUGGUGGCAGCCUUUCCCUGCUUCAGAAAACGCAGCACAGCUGAACUGGCAAACAACUGAGACCUAGAAUUUCAAAUAAUGAGCUGCUGAAAGGAGAUGCAGGGCAGCAGUGGCCGUGGAGGGUAUCCCUGAGCGUGCCAUGUCUCCUCAAAUCCACAUGUCUCAGGGGGACAGUCCCCCCAGGUCAGUGGCACAGGUGAUCUAAGGAAACCCCAGCAGAUCACUCUGCUGACUCUCACCUGAGCUGCUGCUCCUUUCAGGUAGGGCAAACUGAGAGGUGAUACCCUUCAGAUCCACUUUUUAGAGAUAUUUCUAAAUUCUGCUGACUGAAUUGCUUGAAGUGGGGUGUCCUGAAGACAUUUCAACAGCUCUUGUCAACACCGACAGCUUCAUCCUGCUCUGUGUGGAAAAAUGCAGUGGGUGUGCCUUGUGCUGGAGCAGAGCUCACCUGGAAUAACCCUGGGAGCUGCCUGCCUGCCCCAGAGAGGCUGUUGCCCAAGAUAACCUGAGUGUAUCUUCCUCUUCAGCUUUCCUCCACGUUGUGCAAGUGGCAUGUGAAGCUUUCCAGGUACGACUGGCAUUCAGAUUUCACUGCUGGCAUUUUCCCAUCUGAUCAUUCCCAAUGGCUUGGGGCUUUCAAGAACUCAAAUGUAUGGCAGCAUUUAACUUGGGAGAACCAGAAGCUUUUGACAGCUGGUGUGUCCUGGGCUGUUUGCCUUGGCUAAAGAACUGGUGGCUCCAGCAGGCAAAAAUAGCACCAAUAUAAAACCUGAUAAUAUUGGUGUCUAGAAAAGAAACAAUUUCUGGCCUCUAAGGGCCACAGACAAUUUUCUGAUUUUUCCUUUGACCAGCUACCUAAUUUCUCAUGAUCUGAGCUACCACCAGCAGCCUAGGCUGUUCAUAAGCAGGCUUCAACCCUGUAAAAUGGCUGCUGGCAGGAGGAACCACGAGGGGACUGACUCGGUUUGUAACAGCCAAAUUCACCUUGACAUCACAGAGGGGAGAAAUGGAUGGGUCCAGCAUAAAGAUGAGAGCUGCUUUCUGCCUUACUCCACUGCUUUCUGGUGGUGCUACCCCUGCCUUGGUGCUGGACUGUAAGAGGCACAGGGCUGUCAGAGCUGAUGGAGGGAUGCUGAGAGCUUCCUGCAUCUGACGGCGUCGGGGGAGCCGGAGCGGGGCCAGCCCUGCAACACCUGCGGGGACCAGUGCCCCGGCUUCGCCCUGCACAAGUGGAGGAAGAUUUGCCUUCACUGUAAGUGCUCCCAGGAAGAGCACAUUGUAACAGUUAUGCCUCUGGAGAUGGAGAAGACAGUCACGAAGCUCAUGUUUGACUUCCAGAGGAAUUCAACUUCUGACGACGACUCAGGCUGUGCUUUGGAGGAGUAUGCCUGGGUGCCCCCUGGCCUGAAGCCUGAGCAGGUGCACCAGUACUACAGCUGCCUGCCCGAGGACAAAGUUCCCUAUGUCAACAGCCCCGGAGAAAAAUCUCGCAUAAAGCAACUUCUUCACCAGCUGCCACCACAUGACAAUGAGGUUCGCUAUUGCAACUCACUGGAUGAGGAGGAGAAGAGGGAGCUCAAACUCUUCAGCAACCAGAGGAAGAGGGAAAAUUUAGGGAGAGGCAAUGUCCGGCCAUUCCCUGUAACCAUGACAGGAGCCAUCUGUGAGCAGUGUGGUGGCCAGAUCAAUGGAGGGGACAUGGCCGUCUUCGCCUCACGAGCGGGACACGGCGUCUGCUGGCACCCUCCCUGCUUCAUCUGCAGUGUCUGCAACGAGCUGCUGGUCGACCUGAUCUACUUCUACCAGGAUGGGAAGAUCUACUGUGGCAGGCACCACGCCGAGUGCCUCAAGCCCCGCUGCGCCGCGUGUGAUGAGAUCAUUUUUGCCGACGAGUGCACCGAGGCCGAAGGGCGGCACUGGCACAUGAAGCAUUUCUGCUGCUUCGAGUGCGAGACGGUGCUGGGGGGCCAGCGCUACAUCAUGAAGGAUGGGAGGCCCUACUGCUGCAGCUGCUUCGAGUCCCUGUACGCCGAGUACUGCGACACCUGCGCCCAGCACAUCGGUAUUGACCAGGGCCAGAUGACGUACGACGGCCAGCACUGGCACGCCACCGAGACCUGCUUCUGCUGUGCCCAGUGCAAGAAGUCUCUGCUGGGACGGCCCUUCCUGCCCAAGCAGGGGCAGAUCUUCUGCUCCAGGGCCUGCAGCAUUGGUGAUGACCCCAACGGCUCUGACUCCUCCGACUCGGCUUUCCAGAGCGCACGAGCCAAGGAAUCGCGCCGCAGCGCCAAGAUCGGCAAGAACAAGGGGAAGGGCGAGGAGGGGGCACGCAGCCCCUGCAACCAGCUGCAGGUCACCUCCAACCGCCUCUCCACCGACGUGGACCCGCUGUCCCUGCAGAUGGAUCUGCUGAGCCUGGCCAGCCAGACACCCAGCCUCAACAGGGACCACUUGUGGAGGAGCCGGGAUGAGCUCUAUCACUAUGGGGGCAAAAUGGAGCAAAGCCAGUCUCAAACCCCCUUGCAGCUUCUCAGCCAGUGCAACAUAAGAACCUCCUAUAACCCCACCCAGGUCCCAGGCUCGCAGUCGGAUUUAUGGGCAAAACACUUCAGCAACCAAAAGAGGAGCUCCUCGUUGGCCAUGAAGAGCCACGGUGGCAGCUUCAUCCAGGACUGCAGAGAGGACUACUACUCAGGGAGGCUCCGCUCGCAGGAGAGCUACAGUGACAUGUCCAACCAGAGCUUCCCAGAGACCAGAGGAAGUGUCAAAGUCCCCAAGUACGAAGAGGAAGAGGAGGGUGGGAUGCCAGCGUCACAGUGCCGCACCCGUCACCCCAUCAGUGCCCUCAAGUUCACAGAGGACCUGACGCCCACCGAGCAGACUCCCCGGGGCUCCAUGGAGUCCCUGGCGCUCUCCAAUGCUACAGGCCUCUCAGCAGACGGCGGAGCCAAGCGCCAGGAGCACCUCUCCAGGUUCUCCAUGCCCGACCUGAGCAAAGACUCGGGCAUGAACGUCUCAGAGAAGAUGAGCACCAUGGGCACCCUGAACUCCUCCAUGCAGUUCCGCAGCGCCGAGUCCGUGCGCAGCCUGCUGUCGGCGCAGCAGUACCAGGACAUGGAGCCCACCCUGCACGACCUCGCCAGCCCCCUCGGCUACCCAGAGCGGCCGGCGCACGGGCGGAUGCACCAGAGCUUCGACUACGGCAGCGGGGUGCCCGGGGGCAAGCUGGGGGCGCAGGAGAUCCCGCGGCACACCCCCAUGAGCGAGCGCACCCGCCGCAGAACCGUGCUGCGCGACGACGAGCGGCACUACCGCCCGCACCGGCCCCGGCGCUCCCGGCGCUCCCGCUCUGACAACGCCCUGCACCUGGCCAGCGAGCAGUGCUACCGCCUCAAGGAGAGGCCCUCGCUGCGAGCCAGGGACGACUACGACCCCUUCGUGCACCAGAGGAGCUGCAGGGAGGCCAUGGAGCAGGGUCCCUGCAGGGAUGUCUACGGCCACUGUCCCCGGACGGUGUCGGAUCUUGCCUUGCAGAACCACUUGGGCGAGAGAUGGGGGCCCUACUUUGCCGAGUACGACUGGUGCUCCACCUGCUCCUCCUCUUCGGAGUCCGACAACGAGGGCUACUUCCUCGGGGAGCCCAUCCCGCAGCCUGCCCGCCUGCGGUACGUGACCAGCGAGGAGCUGCUGCACAAGUACGGCUCCUACAGCAUGCCCAAGUCUUCCACGGUGGGGGCCAGGGGACAGUUGCACAGCCGGAAAAGACAGAAGAGCAAGAACUGUAUCAUAUCCUAAUGGCAUCCUUGCCAGGCACCUUGGGAGAAUGUAAAUUAACUCACGAUCUUGCACUGUUUUAGAUCAUGUAAGUGCUUUUAUUGUAACAAAAAAAAAAAAAAGGCCCGAAGAGUAGGGAUUUGUUAAGAAGGUUGUAGACCGGCUUCUAUAAAUAGUCAUAAUCCUGGGCACAGUGAAUAUAUUUUGCACAUCUUACUUUGGA